AUGGCCGCCUCCCGCAUGUUCGCCAACCGUCUGGCCUCCACCAUGGCCGCGACCACCAAGGUCGCCCGCCCGGCCGCCCGCGUCCAGCUCAACGCUGCCUCGAAGCGCACCUUCACCAGCGCUGGCCGCCCCCAGACCUCCGUCUUCCAGACCGCCAAGCGCCAGCAGGCCUCCUCCCUCGUCCAGGCCAACGCCCGCAUGGUCUUUGCCCAGCACCAGGCUCGCCGCCAGUACUCCUCCGAGAUCGCCCAGGCCAUGGUCGAGGUCUCCAAGAACAUGGGCAUGGGUUCCGCCGCCAUCGGUCUGGGUGGUGCCGGUAUCGGUAUCGGCCUCGUCUUCGCUGCCCUGCUGGUCUCGGUCUCGCGCAACCCGGCCCUGCGUGGCCAGCUCUUCGCCUACGCCAUUCUGGGCUUUGCCUUUGUUGAGGCCAUCGGUCUCUUCGACCUCAUGGUUGCCAUGAUGUGCAAGUACGUCUAA